UUUUGUAGUAUCGUGGUUUUGGCUCGAGGAUGGCCGCGCGCGGCACACAGUCAGCAGUUGUUUUCUGGGCCUGCACUUCCGUCAUUUUAGAUCCAUUUAUCCAUGGAUCGUCGUUGAUUUCUUUUUUCUCCUAAGGAGUGCGAGGUGAUGGGAUUACUUCGUGGCGGUUUUGAUUUAAUAAAUCAGUUUUAGGGUAGAGGUGGAGACACGCUUGUUCACCGUGUUCAGCCUGUAAACMAGGCGGACGUCAGAAGAAGAAGAGACUUCGCCUGUUGGGCUGUCGCUAUUAUAUUUUAUCGUGGUGAAACCCCUGCGUUGUUUUGGGGGAUUUUUCCACAGCUUCUUCUACGUUUGCGCUAUGUAGCGGACUGCACGGCGUACUGGUGGUAGCUGCUAGACGUUUAAGGAUUUUUUUUUACUUUUAAACACCGUGCCUUGGCGGAAAGGAGAGGAUUUCGUUUUAUUUAAGAUCCAGUGAAGAUGAAUGAGCAGGAGGGCGGGGUGGUCUCCUUUGACGAAUAUGUGCGGCAGAAGGCCCGCACUGUGCCUCAGCACAAGAUGAAGGAGUUCCUGGAGUCUCUUGCCAAGGGCCCAGAGGUGCUGCAGGAGUUCAGCCAGCAGGAAGGUGCAGCCACCACCACGACCAUGGUGUACCACCAGCAGGGCCCCAACUGCAUCUACACAGACAGCACAGAGGUGGCCGGAUCUCUCCUGGAGCUGGCCUGCCCAGUGCAGGUGACCUCAACAGAGAUUUCACCUCAAAUGUCUGUGCAUCACGGAUCUGAGCAGCAACUUCAAGUGCAGGUUCAGAUCCAGGAACAGCAUGGUCAAACGGUUGGCCAGGUUCUUCAGGUGGCCUCCCCCUCUCAGCAGGACCUGCAGGGAAUCUCAACAGCCCAGUUGGUGCAGCAAGGAGAGCUCACAGAGGAACAACAACAACAGAUUCAAGCUCAGCUGAUUGCAGCAGUUGCUGGAGGACAGCAGAUCCAGCUGUCAAGCGGCGAGCAAAUCCAGCUGCAGGGAACACAGCAUAUUCAGCUGCCAGGGGGGCAGCAGAUUCAACUUCAAGCUGGCCAACAGAUACAACUACAAAGUGGCCAACAGAUACAACUACAAAGUGGCCAACAGAUACAACUACAAAGUGGCCAACAAAUUCAGUUACAAAGUGGCCAACAAAUUCAACUACCAGGUGGCCAACAGAUCCAGAUCCAGACCAUUGAGGCCAUGUCUCCUUCCCAGCAACAGGAGUCUCCCAGAGAGGCUGAGAGGAGGCCCGGUGCAGUUGCAACUGUUCUCCAACCAGCUAAGAAGCGCAAGGUGGACGUACCCCUCGCUGUUUCGUACGCCGUGCCACAAGGCCAACAGGUGGCCACAGUUCUGACCAUCCCUCAAGGCCAGCAGCAAAGUUAUGUGUCCCUCCGACCAGAUCUGCUCACUGUUGACAGUGCUCAGCUGUACAGCACUACAGGAACAAUCACCGGRCCCACAGGUGAGACCUGGACCAUCCCUGUGUACUCCACUCCACAGCAGCAGGGUGUAACUCACAUUGCCAUACCACAGGAUGCAUAUAGCACAGUGCAGGUUACCACCACCAACGGCAAAGAUAAGCUACCCGCCGGUUCUGCAACAAGGUCCGCAGACGUGCAGUCGGCCUCCGCUGCGACACAGGAAGAAAUCGUACAGACCCUGUUGCCCGCUCAGUUUAUGAAUGGGAAUAUUCACAUCCCUGUGGCCGUGCAGACUGUUGGAGGGACUUACAACACCACACAGUCUGUACACAUAUGGGACCCGAGUCAACAGCAGAACCAAGCAGAAGGACAAGAGCAGCAGCUCCAUCUGCAGGCCCAAGUGGAAACUGAGGCAGAUGCUGAACCUCCUGCAGAGAUUUUAGUUCCCAUCUCUCUGAAGCCAGAAGAGGGCCUGGAGGUGUGGCGCCUUUGGGCAAAGCGAAAAAACAUUGAAUUAAGCAAGCAGGAAAAAACAAAACUUGCACCAAUUGGACGUCGUCAGCCCCUGCGCUUUCAAGAGGACUUGAUUUCCAGUGCUGUUGCUGAGCUGAACUUGGGUCUUUCCCUGAUGACUCAGGAGGCACGAGGGUCUGAAGAGGAGGAGUUGGCGCCCGAUGUUCUGUAUUAUGUGUUCUUGUGCAUACAGAAGUAUCUGUCUGAUAACGGGCGUGUGGAUGAUAUUUUCUCUGAUCCGUACUACACACGUUUUUGUGAGAGUUUGCACAAAAUCUUGCAUGACUGGAAACCCAGCAUCCAUCCUUUAGGAUAUGUAAUUCCAAGUCAUGUGACUGAAGAGAUGCUGUGGGAGUGUAAACAACUUGGUGCACAUUCACCGGCCACAUUGCUUACAACUCUUAUGUAUUUCAACACUAAAUAUUUCCACCUGACCACGCCUGAACAGCACAUGAAAGUAGCCUUCUCCAAGGUCUUGAGGCACACCAGGAAGAACCCCACCAAUACUAAGGAUAAGGCAACCAGUAUUCGCUUUCUGAAAGUACAAAGUCAGCACAGUGGUGCACAAAAAGGGUCUGAUGACAUGUAUGUAGAGCAGAUCGAAGAUCCAGAGAGUCCCCUUCGUUGUCCCAUUAAACUUUAUGACUUUUACCUCUUUAAAUGUCCCCAAAGUGUCAAAGGUCGUAACGACGUCUACUACAUGACUCCAGAGCCUGUCGUGGCACCAAACAGCCCAAUGUGGUACUCGUCUCAGCCCCUCACAAGUCAGCAACUGGAAGUGACGCUGGCUCGGAUCAUUGUAGUCCGAGAGAUCCAGGAGAUUAUUGGCUCCAAUCUAGAAAACUAAAACCAGAGGACUGGACUUCAGAAUGACUAUGCAGUACCCAUCCUGACUACAAUACUUAAUAGCCAUCAUAAAAAGUGGGACAGCUUCUGAAACAAUCAACUUUCUUCUGAGGAGAAUAUAACGAUUGUGAUUUCUCUCUGCUGAACAAUUAACUUCCAGUGACUUUCUUUGUUAGGUAUCGGCUCUGUGGACUGCGAACCUGCAGGCGAGCAGGACUGAGCCAGGUUGCUGGGUCCUGAUUGAUGCUUUUGAGCGGACGUAGUAUGAUUUUUUUUGUAGAAGUCUUAAUGUGAUGCAAAGUUAUUUGUUCUUUUAACAUCUUACUCUCAUGUCUUACUUCUCUUUAAGGCAUCAGUAUGUUGAAUUGGAAUUCAAAAUAAUUACUUGGAAUAUUCAGUUUUUGUUCUUUUGUUUUUUGUAUUCUGACUACAAUUUAAACAAUGUAUGUUUAAAUCUUAAAAAAAGGUGCCUUUUUUACUGGCUUGAACCUCAACUAUUUACAAGAACAAGUUAUACUGCAGUAACCCCCCACCCCCCAAUCAAAAUUAGCAAUUGGAACACCCGUCAAAGUCUUUUGCCAACUUAAUGAUUUGUCUGUGUGUAUAGUAGGAUAUUAAAGAGGAAAUAAAGAUGGAAAAGUCUU